AUGGAGGAGAUGAAGUUCGGGUACCGGCGUAACCGGAGUAAACGGGGUAAUCGGAGAGUCGGCGAAGUCGGCGAUAUCGAUAAGAACUGCGGGGAGGUGGAAGUAUAUAAACAGAACCCCUACCCUUUCACUCUUGCCUUUCACUUCUUUCACCUCAACAUCAGCAUGACAGAUAUCAAACUUGCAGAUUACCUCUUUACCCGGCUUCGCCAACUGGGAGUGGACUCCAUGUUUGGCGUGCCCGGUGAUUACAACCUUCGCCUCCUCGAUUUCGUCACCCCCGCCGGCCUCCAUUGGGUAGGCAACUGCAACGAGCUCAAUGCAGCUUAUGCAGCUGAUGGAUAUGGCCGUAUAAAAGGCUUGGCUGCUUUGAUCACUACCUAUGGAGUCGGUGAACUCUCCGCCCUGAAUGGCAUUGCCGGGGCCUACGCUGAAAACACUCCCGUCGUGCACAUCGUCGGGACACCUCCGCGCCCACUCCAGGCUGCGCGCACAUUCAUGCACCACACUUUCUCAGAUGGAGACUACCGUCGCUUCGCCAACAUGUCAACUCACAUUACAGCCGCUCAAACUAGGCUGACUGAUGCUGCUACUGCACCGGAGCGAAUCGACUAUAUCCUGCAACAGGCACUGAUUCACAGUCGCCCAGUUUACUUGGAGCUUCCGGAUGACAUGCCUGACGUGAAUGUGUCAGCUGCCAAUUUGGAAAGAAAGAUCGAAAUCCCCAAACCUCCCAGCUCGGCUCAAGAGCCCCAAGUCCUAGCUCAGAUCCUGGAGCGUAUCUACAGCGCUCAGCGGCCUUUCAUUCUCGUGGAUGGAGAAAGCACGGCUCUCGGAAUUGUUGAACAACUUGACACUUUGAUCAAAGCAACUGGCUGGCCGACAUGGACUACUGUGUAUGGAAAGGGUCUUGUCAACGAGCAACUUCCCAAUGCCCAUGGAUUGUACGGCGGAGCCUUCGGCGACAAGCCGGCACAGACAUAUUUCGAAGAGGCAGACUUGGUCCUCACAUUUGGGCCUCACAACAGUGACACAAACAGCUACUUCUUCACAACAAUCGCCAAACCAGAAGCGGCAAUCACUUUCUCCGGCACAACAGUCAAGAUCAACAACGAUACCUUCUACGACAUGUCUGCGCGUAGCAUUCUCUCAAAUCUUCUCCGGGACCUUGACUCUACACGCCUCGUCAAGGCAUCUGCACCACCCAAAUCAGAACUCUCCGUGGCCAACAUCCAAGACACCGAUCCGCUCGCACAAACCAACUUCUACCCCCUGGUGAAUCCCCUCUUCCGAGAUGGCGACAUCAUCCUCACAGAGACCGGUACCGCCGCACAUGGAGGUCGCAACUUCAAGCUUCCCGCUGGCUCACGGCUCUUUGGUGCAGUGACCUGGCUCUCCAUCGGCUUCAUGCUCCCCGCAACACUGGGCGCAGCCUUAGCACAGCGCGAUUCAAACAAGAAUACAUCAUCAAAGAGUCAGACGAUCCUCUUCAUCGGCGACGGGAGUCUCCAAAUGACGGCGCAGGAGAUCAGCGUGAUGAUUCGCGAGAAGUUGAACAUUAUAAUCUUCAUCAUUAAUAACGACGGAUACACGAUCGAGCGGGUGAUCCAUGGGCGUAAAGAGAAGUACAACGAUGUGCCCUUUUGGCGACACGCACAAGCUCUCAGUUAUUUCGGAGCUGACGAGGAGCAUGUGGCUAAGAAUACAUUCACCGCACGAACGUGUGGUGAGUUACAGGAGGUGCUUGGGAACGAGAAUAUCAUCAAUGGAAGCGGGGUCAGACUUGUGGAGGUCUUCAUGGGACGAGAAGAUGUACAGGGGGCACUGCUGUAUCUAUUGAACAAACAGCUUGCACAGGAAGCCGAACAGAAGUGA